CCUGGAUAACAGAGAACAUCAAGAAGAAAGAGUGCUGCUUCUUCAAGGAAAGCAUCCAGUAUCCAGAGCUCUGUAUGUGUGGCUACCCCAGAGAUCUUCAUGUGGAUGAUGCUUUGAGGCCUGAUGAGUUUGUGGGUGAGACGUGGGACAGACACAAACACAUUCGGGAGGUGCCCACAGACGCCUAUGGAGACAUCAGGUUCAGUAGACUGAGGCAUAAAAUGGGAAAGUAUGUGCGAGUGUCCACAGACACCUCCACUGAUGCCCUAUACAAGCUGAUGACUGACCACUGGAAGCUCCGCCCACCUAACCUUCUAAUAUCUGUGGUGGGCGGAACCCGAAACUUCUACAUGAGGGCUCGGCUGAAGGACAUGUUCCGCAGGGGGCUGAUUAAAGUGGCCAAAACCACAGGUGCAUGGAUCCUGACUGGGGGCACACAUACGGGGGUGAUGAAGCAUGUCGGGCAGGCGGUGAGGGACUACGCCCUGACCACCAGCACAACAGAGGAUCAAAUUGUGGCAAUCGGCGUGGCAACCUGGGGGACUUUGCACAACCGGCACACUCUGGUGAAGACAAAGGACAACAGCCACAUCCCAGCUGAAUACUCCCCAGACAAACAGAAGCAGGGCAGGCUGUCCUCUUUGGACGCCAAUCACUCCCAUUUCCUGCUGGUGGAUGACGGGACAAACGGGCGCCACUGCGUGGAGAUUGCUCUCCGCAGCAAGCUGGAGAAACUCAUUUCCCAGCAGCCUCUGGGGGACAAAGGGAGUGGGCUAAAGGUCCCUGUGGUUUGCAUGGUGCUAGACGGUGGAUACAGGACCCUGAAAAUGAUGUACAACACAAUUCUCAAUGGCACCCCGUGCGUGAUUCUGGAGGGCUCGGGGCGGUUGGCCGACGUCAUCGCCCAUGUAGCCAAGCUGCCCAUAGCCCAAGUCACCCUCGCCCUCAUUCGCCAGCUGAUGAGGAAGUUCUUUAGCCACCAGUACGAGGGUUUCAAAAAGGGCCGGCUCAUUGAGUGGACCAAGAAGAUCCAGGACAUUCUCAGGACGCCCCAGUUGCUGACCGUGUUCCGCAUCGAUGAGGAGGGACAGAAUGAUGUUGAUGUAGCCAUCCUCCGAGCUCUGUUCAAAGCUUCCCGGAGCAGUGGUUCUCCGGGCCUGGAAACCUGGGAGCAGAAGCUGAAGCUGGCAGUAGCCUGGAACUGUUCGGACAUUGCAACAAGCGAAAUCUUCACUGAGGAGAGCCAGUGGAAGUCCAGUGACCUGCACGAGGCUAUGCGCUCAGCCCUGGUUGGCCACAAGCCAGACUUUGUGAAGCUGCUGCUGGAGAAUGGAGUGUGCCUGAGGAAGUUCCUGACCAAGGACACCCUGCUCAAACUGUACAACCACCUGGAGAUGGGCUGCAUCUUCCAGCGCAGGCUGGCCAAGCGCAUGAAAAGCCAGACGAGCUCUAUGUGUCUCAGCCACGUGUCCCAUGAGGUGCUCUACUACCUGGGCGGCUUCACCAAGCCCAUCUACCCCCCUACCUACGGCCAGGCAUGCAUUGAAAUGCCCAAGGAUGACAUGGGGAGUGUCAAGUCUCCACCCAAAGGGCCUGCAAAGAAUUACCCAGGGAGGGACCUCUUCCUCUGGGCCAUCCUGCAGAACAGAAAGGAGCUGGCUGAGAUCGCCUGGGAACAGUGCAGGGACAGCAUGUGUGCUGCGCUAGCUGCUAGCAAGAUCCUGAAGAAGCUGGCAAAGAAGGAAAUUGAUGAGGAUGACGAGGCAGAAAAGAUGCGGGAGCUGGCUGAUUACUACGAGAAACAGGCCAUUGGUGUGUUCAGUGAGUGCUACAGCCAUGAUGUGCAGCGUGCCCAGAAGCUGCUGAUUCGAAUCUCUCCAUCCUGGGGCGGGACCACUUGCCUACGCUUGGCUGUGGAGGCUGAUGACAAGAGCUUUGUAGCCCAUGCUGGAGUACAGGGGCUGCUGACGGAGAUCUGGUAUGGGGAGCUGGCAGUGGACAACCCCCAGUGGAAGAUGUUGCUGUGUAUGCUGUUCCCCCCUCUGAUCUACACGGGCCUGCUGACCUUCAGGCGUGAUGAGGACAUACACAGGGAGACUCGGCGAAAGGAGAGGACAUCCUCUGUGAAAAGGGAUUAUAUGGAGAAAACAGACCUGCAGCCACUUACCUGUACAUCACGUUUGGUCAGCUUCUUCAGCUCAGCGCAGAUCAAGUUCUACUGGAACAUUGUGUCUUACUUUGUUUUCCUGUGGCUCUUUGCCUAUGUGCUGAUGAUCGACUUCCAGACUAAACCCUCUUGGAAAGAAUACCUGCUAUAUGGGUGGCUGGCCUCGCUUUUGUGUGAGGAGAUGCGCCAGCUGUUUGAUGAUCCUGAUGGAUUUGGCUUCCGGAGGAAGUCCAAGAUGUACAUCAAUGACCUUUGGAACAUUUUUGAUGUACUAUCGAUCCUUCUUUUCAUUAUUGGACUGGCCUGCAGGUUAACCACUGUUAUGUUCUACACUGGAAAGAUAAUCCUCUGCAUUGAUUUCAUUGUCUUCUGCCUGCGUCUCAUGGCCAUAUUCACCAUCAACAAGACGUUAGGCCCCAAGACCAUUAUUGUCAAGAGAAUGAUGAAGGACUUGUUCUUCUUCAUGUUCUUGCUGAGUAUCUGGGUGGUGGCUUAUGGGGUUGCCAAGCAGGGCAUCCUGAUCGACAACGAGGAAAGGCUGAACUGGAUAAUAAGGGGUGCGGUGUACGAGCCUUACCUCAUCAUAUUCGGGAAUCUCCCCACCAACAUUGACAAUGUGGCGUUUGACACGAGCACGUGCAGUGUGAAUGCGACUGACCCUCUGAAGCCAAAGUGCCCAGUUCUGAAUGCCGACUCCACACCAGUGUUCCCCGAGUGGCUCACCAUCAUUCUGCUGUGUGUGUACCUGCUGUUCGCCCACAUCCUGCUGCUUAACCUGCUCAUCGCCAUCUUCAACUACACAUUCCAGGAAGUGCAGGACAAUACUGACAGGAUCUGGAAGUUUCAGCGCUACGGAAUGAUCAAAGAAUACCACAGCCGCCCCACCCCACCCCCACCCUUCAUCUUCCUCAGCCAUGUGUACAUCCUCUUCAAGAGGGUCGUGCUCUGCAAGGACCCCCAAAAAUUCAAGCGGUUCAAGGAACAGCUGUCACAGUCGGAGGAAGAGGACAUGCUCUCAUGGGAAGCCUUCAUGAAGGAGAAUCAUUUGGCCAAGAACCGGAGGGACCUGAGCCGGAGCAUGGAGCGUCACAUUCAGGACACUUCUGACAAGGUGGGAGUCAUGGUGGAGGAUUCUGUUGCCAUGGUGAAAAGGCUGGUCCACCUGGAGCAGCAGGUCUCCCAGUCCACUAAAGCCUUACAGUGGAUAAUGGACGCCCUCAAAUCCCAUGGUUACGUGACGAAGGAAGAAGCCCCUGUGUUGUCACUGCGAAGAACAAUCACAGAGCCUGACCUAGCUGUAUCCAUGAGAGAGAAAUGGACAGAGAAGACUUUUGGAGAAUACCACGUCAACGCCCGUUGUGACCGGUACCCUAACAGCACUGUGGACCGGUUCCCUGUACCAGAGGAGAUGGUGCCUUGGGAGGUAGAGUUUGACGAUUACGAGCCCACCAUAUAUAACGCUGAUGAGUCCGAGCAGCCCAGCAGCUCUGACACCGCUUUGGACAAAUACAGAAACCCAGAGGGAAGGACAGGGAUGAAGGGGAAAGGGGCACUGGAUCACCUGGGACCAAACCAGGUUCUGGAUCUGGUCCUCACACGUUGGAGAGAUGAUCAGAAAUCUGCUCUAGAGUUCCUGGCUGUGUGGGAUAAGAAGGAGGGGAUCUGGACAAUACCUGGGGGGCGCGUGCUCUCUGGUGAGAUUCUCCCACAGAGGCUGACCAGCAUACUGGGCGAGAAGCUAAAUGAGCAGAUCAAAGACAAACUGGCCAGCAAAGCUGAGGUAAACGAGAUGUAUAAUGGUUAUGUGGAUGACCAAAGGAACACAGAUAAUGCCUGGUUGGAGACAACUGCUUUCAACAUACACCUUGACAGGAGGGAUUUGUUGAUGGCUGACCUUAAUAACAUGGCUGAGAGCAGCCAGGUCUCGGAAGAGCUGGUAAAGUGGCAGGAAGUCAGCAGCAGGACGUUGGCAUGUGCAUACCAGAGAGAGCUCCUUCGCAAGGUUGCUGAUCUGCACUGCAGGUGCUUCUGAUACCUUCCUGGUGCCAUUGCACAACACAGAGACUGUACAGGCUGUUUACAAUCCCCAGAGCACUUCAUGUUUAUGUUAUAUAUGUUAGGCAUUAAGAUAAAUAUUCGCCUCUGAGUGAAUCACCAUAGCUUGGCUGCAUAUUCAAAAGUGAUUCAUAUAGACUCCCUGUGAAAAUAAAUGGGAACAAAUCAUUUCCUAUGACUCAUGUCAGUCAAUGAAUGCUUAACGCUGUUUCAAAAAGCCAUUUGUAAUGUGUGUGGUGCCAUUUUUUUAUGCCUGCAUUAAAACAUUCCUAACUUUGUAACACCAACGUUUUGGGUAAUAUACCUGACUUGGCCAGGCUUAGACGAGAUGUUCGAUUUAAUUUGAAUUUUUGCGCAUUCACUGGCUCAAUUUCCAUGCUAACACAGCCUGUUAGGAGUCAGUAGCCUACCUCCGUCAUAAUGAAGAAAUACACCUUACAGAAACUCCAAAGUGGUCUUAUUUACAUUUGAAAUACACGUGCGGGAAGAAAAUGACAACGAGAGACGUUGUUUUUGGAGAAGUUAGACGGUUGGAAUUAUAUACCGCUUUGGAUAAAGGCGUUAUAUAAAUGCCAACCAUUUACCAUUUACUAUAUCUGCUGAACACACAUGGAUCCGCUUCCAUCUUCCGCUGUUUGAGCACAGUGAUCCGCAUACCUUCUGAAGGUAAUUUUAAGAGGUAGAACUUUCAGGGUUUUUUUCAUUCCUGCACGUGUAUUUCAAAUACACUCGAUACCUUGUGUAAAUAAGACAGCUUGGGAGAAAUUGAGCCAGUCAGUGCACAAAAACUUAAAUGGAAUCGACAAAAUGUUGGUGUUUUCCUUGAAAAAAAUGCACAGCUUAAGUAACUUUUAAAGAGAAAGCUGUGCAUAUACUACAUAAUCAUCUUAAUCACACCAAAGGAUGUGAAUGCCCUAUUUGACAUUUUACGAGUUUGUGGAAUCAAAAUACUUAUUUGUUUUUACAUCUGUGAUUUUUUUUUUUUUUAAUAUGUUUUUACAAAUUUCUGUUGACUUGUCCAAUCAUCAUUAGUAAUUUUCUAAUGCUUUAGAUCACAAUGUAUGCGCAUACUGCAUAACCAUGAAAUACUAUAUAAUUAACCAAUACAUAAUAAACACAAUAUUAAAAAUCCUUUAUUUAAUAAAGGAAACAAGA